AUGGCCGACACCAGAAAGGACCCCAUGGUGCCCGAACUGGGCUUUUGGGAGCGUACCGAUGCUCGCCUUGGUCAGCUCAAUUUGUUUGUCAACGUGCUAUACGCUGCCAUCACCGGUGUGUUCCGGGGAAAGAGUAGCCCAAAGGCAUACAAAACCCAUCUACUCGCGACAGCUAUCAGAACAAUGGUUGAUCGGUUUUCGGCUCGCCAGGUCCAGUAUCUGAGUCCCCCAACGCCAGAGAUCUACAAGAUGGCGAUGGAGAAACGAGGCUUGCAGCCCGAGGUCAUGUCUUUGCCGCAUGGCACUGACGGCUAUUGGCUGGGCAACAAGAACGCAAAGAACGUGGUCAUUUACUAUCACGGAGGCGGCUUUGUUCUAGCUGCUGUCUCUGGCCACUUCGAAUUCUUGCUCGAUCUCUUGAAGGUGGUGAACGACAACGGUCAUGAUAUCGCCGUCUUCUUCCCGCGAUAUACCCAAGCCCCCUAUGGCACCUAUCCGACCCAGCUGCGCCAGGCGGCUGAAGCAUUGCGGUACAUCCUCAAUGACACCGGUCGCUCUCCAUCGAACAUAAUCGUCGGUGGUGACUCCGCAGGAGGCAACCUGGCCAUGGCCGUGCUGCUGCAUCUGUCUCAUCCACACCCUGAAAUCGACCCGAUCUCAGUAUCCACCCCGCUGGCGGGCGUGUUCGGCUUCGCGCCAUGGGUCAAUUUCAGCACUGACUGGCCGUCAUUCAAGGAAAAUGCCUACAAAGAUUUCGUCACUGAGCGCGUACUAAACGAGUGGUCGGCUACCUAUAUUGGUGGGAAGGAUCAUGAUCCUUGGAGUGAGCCUGAUCGGGCUCCGGUUGAGUGGUGGGCAGAUGUGAAAACAGAGCGAAUUCUGAUUCUGGCGGGCUCGGAUGAGAUUCUGUUGUCGCCGAUCGAAUCGUUCGCGAAAAAAGUUAAGUCCGUCUUUCCCAACACUACGUUGAUCGUUGGAGCCGACGAGAGCCAUGACAUGCCAUUCUUCGGCAACCCUGGACCGGAGGGAACGCCAACAGGAAGAGAGUUGCGGCAGUGGAUUGCCUCUCGUCUGUAG